UGUUCUGUCCCUAUUCUGUUGGCAGAUCUUCUCUGCUGGGUCUGAACAAGCUAAGUUUGUGCAUUUAUUCAUCUGUACACAUAUGGUGUCCAUAAGCAUUAGGAAAUAUAUAGUGUAGCUAUAAUACUACUUUAAAGUGUAAGGUGAACGGUAUCCCGUAUCCUGCUGCUCUUUUCUCUAUUAUUUUCCCUGCGGAGAAUUGUGACGGCACCAUGGGAGUUGUAGUUUUUUUCGACGUGACUGCGCUGAAAUGCCUCGCAUUUAAAACUACAAUAGUUGAGACCCGAGAAAAUAAAAUAGUGGAUUAAAUAAUGUUUAAAAAACAGUGUCCUAUUUAAACACAGUGACAGAUCAGCAGAACUGAGUUCAUUAUAUUAAAACUAAAAGUAUAUCGAAAUAAAUAAUAAUUAAAAAACGAUCUGACAUCCAUUACUCUUCCCUGCCCAGAGAAGUAGCGGGAGAUUUGUUAUGGCGACAGAGAGCAGCAGCAGGUAUGAACAGUGUUCGGUUCUGUAGUUUAACUACGGGUUUCUACACUUCUCUCAGGUGAACUCGUCACAAUGGCUGAGGAGAGUCUCAGGGGUGAAGAAAAAGAGAUGCUCAGGAGGCGACUGGAGCUGCUGCAGAAAGAGUAUGAAAGAACAGCUCAGCGACUACAGCGAGCAGAGAGGAAAGCAGCAGUACGCAGGCAUGUGCAAAACCGAAUCUCUGAUGAGAACAGACAGCUGCAGAUCAACACAACAGGUUUAUCCCAGCUAAGCCCCGCCUCUUCUUCUGUAUCAAACACCAACCUGCUCUCUAACCAGCCUCUGCAGUCGGAAAUCAAGCCUGAUUAUGGUUCCCUCUCAUCUAAAAAACACCCCUUGGUCCGUUUUCAUCUUCCUGACGGGUCAGACGAUUCUCCAUGUUCCACACCAACGUGCAGACGAAGUCCCACUCACCGCCUGCGCUCAAAACGCAGUCGUCUUCGUCUGCAGAGCAAGGAGAAGGAGGCUGACAUUGACAGUCAAGACAAAGCAAAAGAAGGAGUGGAGGAGAGACUGGGAGAAAAGAGAAACUGUAACUUAACUACUAAAGAAAAUGGCGUAGAGGUGGAAAGAGGUGGCGAGAAAGAACAGGCUGACAUUACCGGAGGAGACACUGUAGAAGAAAAGAUCCAGAAUGGAGAUCCAGAAGUGACAGGAAGUGAUGGAGAGAUUGGUAAAGAGCAGCAGAGAGAGGUGCUGCAUGAUAGAUUGAGUAAAGGUGACAGGAACUCUGAUGUCAGGUUACAAAUGUGUUCAAUAUCAGACAAUGCUUCAGUAAAUCAGGUACCUGGGGAAGUCUUUCCAAUUAGCCAAGUAGAAGUUAAGGCUUCUCUAGGUAACCAGUCAGCUGACAUCAACUCCCAGUCAAGCUCCAGUGCCUCUGAUCAGUUAUUUAUGCAGAUCCGGUCUUGCCAGUCAACAGGUCUUUCUGAACAAUCAGAUAAUCAGCAAGCAGAUGACACGAAAAGGGAAGUUAAUGGUGCAGGAAUGGACUCUGUAGAUGAAAUAAAUGCUCCAUUCUCUUCUGAGAAGAAUGGAAUUCUUGAUUCCUGCACACUGGUCGAGGGUUUACCUUUUCCAGUGGAAUACUACGUUCGUACCACCAGACGCAUGGCUGCAGCCCACAGCCCUGUGGACCUGAAUGCUGUCAUUCUCAGCCAGCUCUCUAGAGGGAGGGGAAGACGGAGGUCCAGCUCUUCUCAGGCACGUGGGAGCAACCACCUGACCUCAGAGGACUCUCAACCACAUGGCAAAAGCCUUGACCAGCCCAGAUGCAGAGGGCGUGGUCGAAGAGGACGGAGAGGUCGCAGGCGUACAAGAGUGGAAGGCGUGACUAAAAGUUCCCAAGCAAGGUCAUGUACAGAUGAUUUCUCCGAAAUGGAGCCUGAGUCUCUUACAGAAACAUCUCUUACAGAAUCUUCCACUCAGUCCCCACAAUCUCAAUCUCUUCUCCAAACUUCACUCCCAGGUGGGCCUUCUCCACAGCUGGAGCCAGCUUCUCAGACUGAGCUUAUCCUAACACCCAAACCGGUGUUAAACACACAGCCAGAAGCUGCAGAUUUUAAGCACCUUUCAGAUUCUCAGCUCUACCUGGACUGUAAGUUUCUACCAGAUUGUGAAGUCUAUCCAAUCUUCAGGAGGAGAUGUAGCCAAACGGAAAGAGCUGGUUCAUGUUCUCAAGUCCAGACAAGCACAAAUGGAAAAGAUUGCAGACCUCUUCUUUCAUUAGUCUCUCUUGCUCAAGCUUUGAAGAUGACGAAUUGCACACCCCUUGGCCAGCUGCUGACAUCUUCUGACAUUCAGGAUUUUCACCUACCGGAUGAUGAAUUUGGCCAACUGAAACUACAGAGACUGUGCACGUCCUGCUUGAAUGUGGAACCUUUGAGUUCGCACUACUCUGCGAACAACACACGGUGCAACAGCCCACGCUAUAGCUUUAGAAAUCUUAGGAAUAAGAAUAUCGCUGAGGGGCAGCGUACUGACAAUGAAUUGUUUUCCCCAGAGCUCCUACCACCUAGUGCUCACCUAGAAGGUAGCUUUGAUCAGAGUGAAAUACGUUCUGCUGACCAGUUGCUGAUGCCAAGGAAUCCUGACCAAUCGGAAAAGCACACAAAGUCUGCAAACCAGUUAAAAUCUGAUACUGGUAGCCAAAAGUCCUGCCAGUCAAGCAUCACAUGUCUAGCAGAGGUGAGUCAAGGAACUAAAGACCAUAUACCGUUAAGGAACACAAAAGAUGAGAAGACACCUGUAGCCUACAACUACAAAGAAUUUGAGGAAGAUGCUGGUAAACAAAAACAUGAUCUAAAAACAUGUGAGGAACUUGAACAAGGCAAUGGAUCUCCAUGCCCAGCAGUGCUUAACUUUAGCAUGACCUUGACGCCACACAUGGAGCAUGGUCCUGACUCUUCCCUUCCGUCCCUGGGCAUCACUCCUUAUUUAUUAUCCAGCGUCUCACCUUCAGACUUCAGUCUUAUUCAGCCUGCACCUUCUGACCAGAGUGUUUCUCUGUAUUCUUUUCAGCAUGCAGAGAAUUCAUCUCCAGCUGUGCCGGCCUUUAACCAGGCUUCAAGUGCAGGCCAGAAUGUAUGUGGAGGUACACUGCAAUCUCAGAGCCAAACUACUGAAAGAGACCUCCAAACACUGCCAGGGUCUGAACCUGCAAACGAGGCCUGGUUGAGUCCUGUCACAAAGACUCCACUCCAGAAUGUAUAUGAUAUGGAUUCAUCCAUUUCUGAAAAUUGCCAUCGAGCCACGGAUGUAUUUGAGGGAGAGAAUCAAUAUCUUGACACCCAAACAGGAAACCAAUCACCGAUACAGCCUGAGCCCAAGCUCGAAGACCAGAGAGAAGUACAGAGAGAGGGCUUGUCUCCACUGCAGUCUGACAGUAGCUGUGUAAAUAAGCCCUGUUCAUCAGAUCCCUCAGUCGUUCAGACAGCAGGUGGCGAGAGUGUUUUGGUUAUGAAUAUGGCCGAUACAGGCCACAAGUUAACAGAACACACCCUGGGCAUGGAAAACUCUGCCCACCUGGUUUCCCAGAGGAUGGAUACCGAGACCACUUGUCAGAGCCAGGCUGUGGAAGACAUGCGUAACUCGGACAAGGCCAUUUCCUAUGGCACAUUUCAGAAGGCUCAUAGAUUUAAGGCUCUAGAGGGAGGAUGCGUGCUGGAUGUAUGUUCGGUACGAUGGCCAUCUGAUGACUGUUGCGUGUGUGUGGCUGGAGAGUGGAGUGUGUGUGUCUGGGCUCAGAAGACAGGAGUCCAGCAGUGGAGUUUAAUACACACUUGGACCUUCGCACAGUCCAUCAUCUCUCUUCAAGAGGUUCCAGAUUCUCCUGGUUUGCUUUGUGUGUCUCUGGGGAGCCUGGAGAUCACAGAAGUGAGGAUCCUGCACUGUUCCAGUAUUGAUGGGGAGUUUUCUCACGCAGAGGUGUGUAAAGGUGCAUUGCAGGCAGUGGUAGCUGUAUCUGACUGCAGGCUGGUGUGCUGCUCUGCUCCUGGAGCCCAGCAGAAAGUUCAGGUGUGCACACUUUCCCAAGACUGCAGGGUAUCUGAUGUUCUUUGCCUGGUUUCUACUAGUCGAAGUAUUCAGACUUUGGCAGCUGUGGAAAGAGAAAAAGAUGCACUAAUUGGAUGGACUGAAUGUAAGACCCUUCUCAUUUGGAACAUGAAGUCAGGCCAACUUCUUCAGUCUAUACAUCUGACUGAGGCUGUGUCUACAGCUACCUGUCUAAAGGGAUAUUCCUACAAGGGGGCGCUGUGUGUGUUAUUUCAAAGUGCAAGCUCAAAUCCAUGCCUUGAGGAGAAUGACGCUGUUCUUUUUACGCUGAUCGCAUUGAAUCCACUUACGGGCAAACAUUUCACUUUGACCUCUGUCACCAGCCCGCCUGCUUCUUGUUCUGAGAGGUUGAUAGAUGGUGACGUUUGUGAAUCGAUGCUUGCUGGCGUUUUCCAGUCGGGCCAUCUGACCAUCUGGGAUUUGAAAGGAGACGUGGCCGGUGUGCUUGGAGGUGUGGAGGCACAGUCAUGUCGACUAGCGCGGUGGGCGGGGCCAAGUACACUACUCACUGGGUAUCUAAAUGGGGAUGUUCAUCUCUACCAGUUUAAACCCACAGAAUCUAAAACAAAUUGUCGUUAAUAAUAAAUUGUCAUAGGCUUUUUUGCAGCAUAAUAAUUUAUUGAGUUUAUGAAUGUAACAAAAGAAACAGUAUACACAUUAAAUGUUUUCUUCUUUCUUUAAAAGAAAAGUAUUUUUGUAUUUUAUGAUCUGUAUGUACCUGUUUGAUGUAUUUACACUGAAAAAAAAAGUUUUUAUUAGCAAAUAAAUUCACUUUUAGUUACCCAGA